AUGCACAAGUGUGUGUAUUUGCCAUCAGCAAAUCACACAGAUUGUGUGAGUUUGCUUAGCUGUAUUUUGCUUAGCUGUAGCUUAACUGUAUUUUGCUUAACUGUAAAUGUAGAGUUAGUUGAGAAAAGCAGUUACUUGAUUGUUCUUAGUAUAAAAGGACAUCAUAUGGCUGAUACAAUUGAAGUGAACUGUCAUUUUGGAGGACAAUGGUCGUUUAACCCACACUUAGAAUAUCUGAAUGGUGAUGUAGAAACAGUUGUUGGAAUUGAUCCUGACUUAUUGUGUUACCGUCACAUACGUGAAAGGCAAAUGUUGGAUUAUAUUAGGAACUUUUCUUGGGUUUCAGAAAUAGAUAUAUAUGCUGAUCAUGAUGUGGAUAUGCCAAUUUACCAGAAUAGACUCUUAAGCUUAGAUGGUGCCCCUGUACAACCACAAGGACUUGAUGACUUUAUUGAAAAUGAGGAGUUUGUUGAUCUUGUCAAUGAGGACAUUGAUGGUGAAAAUGCAAGAGUGACUGAUGAUAACAAUGAGGGUAUAGACUCUGAACAUCAUGUAGGAGUGACUGAUAGGGGAAAUGAGGACACUGUAGGGGAAAAUGAAAGGGUGGUUGGUUGUGAAGAUGAGAACAUUGGUGGUGGAAAUGAAAGGGUGAUAGAUGAUCAAAAUACAAGGGUGGAAGCUGGUGUAAAUGAUGAUACUGAUGGAAGUUCAGAAGAGGAGGAUACUGAUUCUAGCAGCAGUGAGGGUGAGGGUAGAGAAAAAGUUCAGUUUAAACAUAGAGAAGGAGUCCCUCAGUUCAUGCUUUCUAUGACAUUUGCUGAUGCCAAAGAAGUUAGGGUAGCAUUAGCAAAGUAUGCUGUCAGUAAGGGUGUUAAGCUAAAGAUCAAACCUAAUGAGACCACAAGGAUUAGAGCAAGGUGUGUGUCCAAUCCUGGUUGUCCAUUUGUGAUUCUCAUUUCAAAGGAAGGAAAAAAUCCUGGUCUCAAAGUCAAGACACUGAACUUGGAACAUGACUGUUACAGAGUCUUUGAAAAUCCAGCAUGUGGUGCUAAAUUUAUUACAAUGGAGAUGAAAAGAAAAUUAUAUAGGAAACCUGACAUGCCAGCUAAGGAUCUAAAAUAUGCAUUGGUCAUGCAAGAAUUGAAUGGAAGUUAUAAGGUAGAAUAUGGUUAUUUGGAGGCAUAUGAUGAUGUAUUGAGAAGAACUAAUCCGGGCACAACAGCUCAUAUUGAGUUAUGUGGUAACAACUUGAGAGAGGGGAAAAGGGUUUUUAAUAGGAUGUUCAUAUGUUUUGAUGCAUGUAAGAAAUGUUGGUUAUCUGGUUGUAGAACCAUCAUAGGCCUUGAUGGGUGCUUUUUAAAAGGUAUAUGCAAGGGCCAGCUUCUUUCAGCAGUAGGAAAAGAUGGCAAUAACCAGAUGUACCCUAUAGCUUGGGCAAUUAUUGACAAAGAUAACACAAGGAAUUGGAGGUGGUUUAUUAAGUUGCUGGCUACAGAUCUUCAGCUUGGAGAAGGCAGUUAA